UCAUUUGCUCAUGAAGAGAAGCGUAUUAUAUUCCUGUUAAACUAUUAGGACUAUACCUUGAAGUAAGUGCCAAUAACUAUAUAACGCGGUUAGACAAAGCCAUGCCUAAAGCAAAGAAGACUAAACUUCCACUUUUUGAUAUAAGAGUUCAUGCUGUUGAUAAGGACACAAUUUUAUUGAAGGGUGCUCCAACAGAGGCUUCUCCGACAAUGUUGUCGGGAGUCAUAGCCCUGUCAGCCACUGAACCUCUUCAAGUCAAGAGAAUGAAACUAAAGUUGUAUGCUACUUUGAGCUUUCGUUGGGAGGAAAAGUAUCAUAACCCCAAGGGCCAAGUAUUUUCCCAUCCCUAUAAAUUCACCAAAAUGGUUUAUUGUUUUGACUGGGACCCCAUCAAUCUAGAACGUUUUCUUCAUACUCAUGAUCCGCUUCAUUCGUCAUUUAUGGCGUCACGAAAUACAUCCUCCAACAGUUUAGAAAAUUUAAAUCAGAAUAUAGGCUUCACAACCGGGACGCUAACAAGAUCCAACCCUGGUUCAGCGUCAAAUUUGCGGAGAAUCGAUUCCAAUGCAACUCUGAACUCAAAGGAGUCCACUACCUCAGUAAGUGGUUUAGCCGCUCAACAAAAGCAAGGCCAAAAGAACAGCCAUCAACCGAGCAGCCACACUCGUACUAAAUCUGCGUCGAGUUUGUCUGCAAUCAAUCUGUCUUCGUUGACAUCACUGGGGAAUUCGAGCUCCAGCGACCUUGUUACUUUGGAGCCAGGGAAUUAUGAGUUUCCAUUUCAGGUAAUUUUGGAUGGAUCUAUUCCAGAGAGUAUUAUAGGCCAUCCUUGCUGCUCCUUGAUUUACAGGCUACAAUGCUCCAUUGAAAGAGGAAGAUUUUCCACACCCAUCCAUAGCAGAAAAUUACUACACGUUGUCAGAACAUUGUCCCCCGAUAAUGCAGAGUUAUCCGAAACAAUUGCAGUUGAUAACACUUGGCCAGAGAAAAUUGAUUACUCUAUAAGCGUCCCUACCAAAGCAAUUGCUAUCGGCUCGACCUGCCAAAUUUUUUUGGAUAUGGCACCAUUAUGUAAAGGACUAAAGUUGGGAUCAAUUAAAAUCAAAUUACUCGAAUACGCUAGCUUUUCCACUGCCACAGGUCAACAUACGGAAGAAAGAACGCUGACCACUAAACAUAUUCCUAAAAUAGUUUCAAAUUCAGAUGGAGUGGAUAUAUGGUCAGAUGAGGCUCCAACAGACGAAGAAGGAGUAUUUUAUAGAGGCCACAAUAUUGUUUUAUCACAAGAUAAAUGGAAUGUGAAAACUUCGAUUCAAUUACCACCCUCUUUGGAAAAAAUGACACAAGAUUUAGACAUUUCAAGUAUGUGCAAAGUUAGACACAAGCUAAAGUUUUCUGUGGGAUUAAUCAACCCCGAUGGGCACGUAAGUGAACUGCGUGCUACCUUGCCUGUCACCUUAUUUAUCAGUCCUUUUGUUCCAAUUAAGGUGAAAACUAUUGAGGCAUAUGAUGAUCCUUUUUUACAUUCUGUGUUUGAAGACGCAUCAAAUAAUCUACAAAGCGACAACAUCAUAUUUCAGCAUGAGGAUGUUAACUCAAAGGCUUUGUAUCAAAGACUUCAUCAAAAUGAUACACUGGAAACCAAUGCAGAAAAUUUGGUGCCUACACCCAACAUGAAUACUCAAGAUUUAAUGGCGCCACCAAAUUAUGAUGAUCGUAUCUAUGACCGUGUCUACGACCUGGAUUCCCAUUUGGAUCAGUUAGAUGAUCCUAUCACAGCUAAUGAUGAUGGAAGUACCGGAUUACCAAGUAGCCAAAUUAGCUCAACUCCGCAGACCAGAAAAAGCAAUGUCAUCAACAAUGUGAACGCAGAUGUAAACUUCGAUGUGGCAGAUAAAGGCGCAGAGAAUGAAGAUAGUAGAGGGCAAGGGAAUGGAGGGAUAGAAAAAGGAGACCAAGAAGAAGAAGAAGAAGAAGAGGAGGAGGAGGAGGAGGAGGAGGAAGACGAAGAUGGAGAAGUCGAUGAUACAGUAAACUCGUCUGACUUCGAUCCAUUUGCAGACAAUACUGAGGAAAAAGUUCAGAAGAAGUAUUUGAGGAAGUACAAAAAGCCUGUUUUUAGUAUUGCUGGGGACGAUGAUGACGAAAAUCCAGAUAUUUUGGAUCCUUUUGAUACGACUCCAAAUCUUUCCCCAUACCACCCCGAAAUACACGGUCGGCAAGAAAACGUUAUUCCUGGUCCUGCUUUUGAUUCAGGCGAACGAAUGCCUAUCAGCCAAUUCCCAUCUUCAAACCAUUUAAUAUCUCCAGGAGCAUUGUCGCCAGUGCAACAUUUAUCUCGUGCCACUUCAUUUAUUGGGGAUACAACCGGAUCGUUGCCUCUUUCAUCUUCUAUGUCUAGUAUGAGUCACAGCAGUACCAUGGAUGGGAAGGUGUUAAAAGAAAUGUUCAAUCCACCAUCUUAUGAAAUUGCCAUCCAUUCCAAUGCUAGCUUAAAAGAUCUCACUCCUGUCUAUGAUCCUCCACCAAAUGAUUUGCGAUCAAACUUGCAUAUAAUAGAUUCCAGAUUACGCAACCUCAGAUUGACAGGUUUGGAUCAGCAUCCACACCAGCACCGACACCAGCAAUCAGCUCCAUCAAUGUCCAACAAUUCAAAAUCUACCACUGCCCUGAAUCUUGCAAACAAGAGACAAAGUUAUGGACUUACUUUGCUUUCCCACGGACAUUAUCAAUCAAAUACACCACCGACACUUUCGAGAAACGUCUCAAACAAUUCUCUUUUAUCAAAAAUGAUGUCCAAGACCGGUACCAGUGUAGAGGAUCAUAUGAUCCAACAUACCAUAAGAACCACCAUACCACGGUUUGAAUUAGGUUCCCCAGGAAAUCGCAGUGUGGUGAGUACUCCGGGAGUAAUGCCAGACGGCUAUUUCUCUUCACAAGACAGCUCUUCUUAUUUCAGCGCUGCUAAUUCAAGUCCUAACCCAAACUCAAAUAAUGUAGCUAUGGGGCUAAUGAUCAGCCAACCAAAGGCUGCACAUGUUUUAGGAGAUACUACGGUUGACAUGAUGAACGAAAACCAACUAAGCAAAUCUUCCACUGGCCUUCAUAUUAAUCUCCGUCCUCAUUUUUCAUGAGAUCAUUGCUUGGAUAUUUAUAGAGACAUGUAUUUUGCACGUAGAAAGACAAGUAUAGAUGGAACAAAAUCUUUGAGUCUUGACGUUGAUGAACGGUCAUCAACAAAAAAAUCCCCGAGAAUUGCUAUGCUGCUCGGAGUACGGAGGCAAGCAUUACUCGAGACCAGGCGGAAAACACUACUCUUGUUAUGUUCUUGAGCAAACAAGGCGGUGCCG